AUGUCACUGGAAUUGUUUACCAAGAAUCUCUCUCCAGACAAAAUCAACCUGAGCACGCUGAAGGGUCAGGGGCAGCUGACCAACCUGGAGCUGGAUGAGGAGGUGCUGCAGAAUGUUCUGGAGCUGCCCACCUGGCUUGCCAUCACCCGGGUCUACUGCAACAAGGCCUCCAUCAGGAUCCAGUGGACAAAGCUGAAAACACACCCAAUCUGCCUGUACCUGGACAAGGUGGAGGUGGAGAUGAGGACGUGUGAGGAGCCUCGGCCGCCCAAUGGACAGUCCCCCAUCGCUCUUGCUGCUGGACAGAGUGAAUAUGGCUUUGCUGAGAAAGUCGUGGAGGGGAUGUUCAUUGUUGUCAAUUCCAUCACCAUCAAGAUUCACUCCAAGGCCUUUCAUGCUUCUUUUGAGCUGUGGCAGCUCCAGGGCUACAGUGUGAACCCCAACUGGCAGCAGAGUGACCUGCGCCUCACCCGCAUCACGGACCCGCAGAGGGGAGAGGUUCUGACGUUCAAGGAGCUCACCUGGCAGACCCUGAGGAUAGAGGCAGAUGCCACAGAAAAUGGUGAUCAGGAUCCUGUCACCACUCCUCUGAGACUCAUCACCAACCAGGGCAGGAUCCAGAUCUCUCUCAAGAGAAGGACCAAAGAUUGCAAUGUGGUGGCCUCCAAGCUGAUGUUUCUGCUGGAUGACCUGCUCUGGGUGCUGACAGACUCUCAGCUGAAAGCAAUGAUGAAAUAUGCUGAGUCUCUGAGUGAAGCCAUGGAGAAAUCUGCUCAGCAGAGGAAAAGCUUGGCACCAGAGUCUGUACAGAUCACCCCCCCUGCUCCCAGUGCCCAGCAGUCGUGGGCUCAGCCCUUUGGAGCCAGCCCCAACGCCAGCAGCAUCGGGCAGUACUUUGACAAGCACGACAUGAAGGAAUCCUCCUACCACCUGCUCAUCUCCCGCCUGGACCUGCACAUCUGUGACGACAGCCACGCCCGGGAGGCAGGUGCUCAGAAGCAUGGCAUGCUGGGCGGUGCCAUCCAGCUGACCUUCAGGAGGAUGGCUUUUGAUUAUUAUCCUUUCCACAGGGCAGGAGAUGCCUGCAAGCAUUGGGUGAGGUACAGUGAAGCAAUGGAGACUCGGGGACAGUGGGCAAAGAAGUUGGUCAGUGAAUUUCAAAGCAAGAUGGAGAAGUUUUAUGAAGAAUCAGACCCUAUGUUUGCCAGGACUCCACUUUCUCCUUUCAAAAGGAAACCAGGUAAAGUUCUGCACCACUGCAUUUCCUUCUGUUUUCAGGUCUCUACAGCUGGGCAGCAAAGUAAGAAACCCUCCACCUUGCUUUCCUGUAGCAGAAAAAUCUUCAAACUCCCUGACCAAGUCUCUGCAAUCCAUAUUGAAUUCACAGAAUAUUACUUCCCAGACAAUCAGGACUUUCCAGUUCCAUGCCCAAACUUGUACAUGCAGCUGAAUGGCCUGAUGCUCACCCUGGACACGCCAAGUGUGCUCUGGAUCAAUCUCUUCUGCCUGGAUCUGUGUCGCAGCCUGGAGCAGUUCAAAGCCAUCUACAAGCUGGAGGACUCAGGCAAGCGGGAUGAGCACGUGGAUGUCCGGCUGGAUGGCUUCAGGCUGAAGCUCAGCAUCCCCGUGGAUAAGAAAGUCACAGAGCACCAGGACCGGCCUCGGGCCCUGUGUGUGUGCAUGUCAGAGGUGACAGCCACCAACACCCGCCACGCUCCCUCCUGCAGCUGCCAGGACCUGCAGGGCCUCUUCAGGAAAUUCGCGGGCUCCGAGUUCUUCCACUCCAGCUACGCGGCGUUCCCCCGGGAGCAGGGCAGCUUCAGCCUCCUGCACACCCUGUUCCUGCGCCACGCCUUCCACGUGGAGGACAGGCCACACAAGCACCACAAGCUGCCUCACAAAACCUCUGCCUCUGAGGAUCUGUGGUCUGUGAAUUUCAGUGAGCUCUCCCUGGGGUUUGAGGGGGCUGAAAGCUCCAAGGGCAGAGCCCUUAGCUUUGUUGACCCUUUUCCCCUUUCCAUAUGGGUCUGCCUGCCCAAGAGGUGGGGGCAAGCUCAGAUGUCUAAACGACAGGAGCUGGCCACCUCUGAGGUGAAAAUCAAGUCUUCUGCCAGCUUUAGCAAUCACUCCAAGAACGAGAACCUCUCCAGAGAACACGGCAUUUGUCAAAGAUCAAAGACUGACCAAGAUCUGAGGAAUAUCUACAAGGCUCCAGACACGAUGGAUGUCUUGGGAGAAUCUGACUGUGAAGUUGAUGAUGGAGUAGACAGUAAAGAGCUGGAAGCCUCUGCUGAUAUCCACGUGCUCAUGUCCUCCUCUGUACACGUCAAAGUUCGGCUCAACCACUACCAGUACUUGGUGCUGCUCAGGAUGAAGGAGGUUCUGCAAGCACUGCAGGAGCAGCUGGCCCAAGAUACCCAGGAAAUGACUGGGUCUCCUUUAGAUGCCAUGUCUGCUUGUGUGGGAGUUAUGUUCCCCAGUGCUGAGGUGGCCCUGCUCAUGGCCCCUGCCCCAGGGUCUGUCGUGGAGCCCAGGUCCCUGGACUCGGACACAACCAGCCUGAUCGAGUCUGAGCUCUCACCCUCAGACAGCAAGGAGGGGCUGGCAGCUGAAGAGAAGGAGCUGAAAUCAGAGAGCAGUUCGGAGAAGGGCUUGGGCAGCACCUCAGAGCUCCCAGAGGACAGUGGGACCCAGGACAGCGGUGCCAGCGUCCCUCUGGAGAGGCUCCCGAGGUCCGCGAGCGACGGCGCCCUGAGCGCAGCUCCCCGCGGUAAGGGCGCAGAGGAGAAAGCCUUGAUAGAGGAAGCGCACGAAGCUGUGGAAGCCCUGGUUGCAGAGAGACCAGCAGAGACCAGCAGCCACCCUCAGAGCCCCCCUGCUCUCCCUUCCAGCCCAGCCUCGGACGCGCAGCCCUCGGGCAGAGGAGGUGUUGCCCUCAAUGGCCAGGCCGAGCUCGUCCCGCUGCGGAGCAUCGAGGUGGAGCUCUCCAGUGCACUGCACAUCACCAAGGACGCCACCAAGGAAGCUCUGCACGCCACCAUGGACCUCACCAAGGAGGCCGUGUCCCUCACUAAGGAUGCCGUGUCCCUCACUAAGGAUGCCCUGAGCCUGAGCAGGGACAAGAUGACCUCCACCAUGCAGAGGAUGCUGUCCUUGCCCCCGGCCAGGGAUUCUGUGCCCAAAGCAGAGGAGGGAGCGCUGACCCCGGGCGGGGCGGGCAGCGGCCGGAUGCGUUUCUUCUCCAUGAAGAGAACCUCAUCCCAGCACUCCUUUGACACCACAUCCGUGGAUGGCAGUGGCCCUGAGGACGGGCUGUCUGUGGACAGUGAUGGCAGCGAUGGCUUCGUGAUGCUCACAGACUCUGAGCCCAGCCUGGACCCCCUUUCUUCAGGGCAGCUUCCCCCAGCCCACAAUGACAUGGGCAGCAGGAGCAGCCUGGUGGCAGAGGACGAGGGUGGAGUGUCCCCUGAGGUGAACAGCUCCACGUCCCAGAGUGAGGACCCCAGUCUGCAGCUGGUGUCUGUCCUCGUGCUGAAGAUGAGUGAUGUGAACUGUGCAGUGGAGGUUCAAGGAGAUGAUUUGUCUGUGGCUUUACAAGUGAUGAAGGUGGUUCCAGAGCAGCUGAACAACGUUGGCAUGUGGCAGUUCCUGCGUGGCUACGUGGCUCUAGGAGACCCAGGAGAGGGGAAGGCUGCGAGCCCUGAGCCCAGGCAGCCCCAGCCCGAGGUGUCCCUGCGCCUGCAGUCGGGGCCGCGCGCGGCCGCGCUCUCAGCCCUGGCUGAGCACAACGGCUUCCUGCAGCUGCUGCUGCACAGCCAGGCCACCGAGCUCUGCACCUCCUGCCUCGCCAGCCUGGGACCCUUCCUGGAGGAUGAAAUCAUCCCUGAGGUCAUCCCCAUGGAGAUAGAGGUGGUGGAUGCCAAAAUCACCUUGAAGGAUGACACCCCCCCAGUGUACCCCACCUCCCCUGGCCCUGUCCCCAUCACCUUGGCCAUGGAUCACAUCGUGGUGAGGCGCAGGGAUGAUGGUGUCUUCUAUCUCACAGCUCCCCAGGGGAAGGACUCAGUGAAACAGGAAAAGUCUGUGUCAGUCCCUGAGGAGCAGAAGGCCCCAUCAGAGUGUGUGUCACCAGCCCCAGCAGCAGGAGCCCGUGGGCUGCAGCUCAAGCAAGUGCCAGAGUUGCAGAGGGAGCUGCAGACCUUGAAACUGGCGCUGGCAGAAGCCAACAUGGACAAGGCUCGCCUUCUGCAGGAGAUCAGGAAGUACAACCCCCUGUUCCAGCUCUGACACUGCCAGGGACAGGGCACCAGCACCAGCAGGGCAGGUUUGGUCAUUUUGCUGCCAAACGGGUCCAAGUCCAGGACUGAAACCAGCUGUGACUGCAGAGACUGGGCAGGGAGGGACAGAGGGGCCUGGCUGAGAGAAGUGGGGGAAUGAGGAGGAGUUUGCUCUGCUCUGGCCUGGGAGGGCUGCACUGAGCCAGGCCAUGGUCAGCCCACCAACACCAGCUCAGAUUUUGGGGGGACACCCCAUGUCUCCUCAUCUCUGGGUGGUUUUCAGCCUCCAGCUUUUGUGGUGACUUGUGGAGAUGGUCCAUGCUGGGGGUUCUGCUUCUUUCACCCUUCCCUGUUGUGUUCUUGGCCAGCUGUGCUCACCAGGCCCACAGCAGGGGCAGGGUGAAGUGACCCUGUCCCUGUCCCCUCAGCACCUGGGCAGUGCCAGGACAGGGGUGGCAGAAGGGUCAGGGAGAGCAGGGCUGGGAUGCCACUGUGCAGUGAGGGCACACAGCUCACUACUCCCACAAGAACAGGGGCAGGACAGUACAGAAAUUCCUUCAGAUUCCCUUUCCCACCAGUAAUUCCUUGUGUAGAGAUGGAUGCAGUGUAUGAGACUCAGUCCAGUCCACUUCAUCCCACAAUGUUUGGCUUUAGUGGUGCAGGAUUAAUUCCUGUCAAGGCACUGUUUCAAUUUUUACUAUCAAAUAAUGGGGUGAGGGAGUUGGUUCAGUCUCAGGAGAUGACCUGGGUGUUUUUUUGGGAUGCACUUUGUCCUCAGAGCUUUGUGUGCCUGAGUUCCCCACUGGGGAGGAGGAGCUGUGGGGUUUUCAGCACUGGGUGGAAUCUUCCAGCAGGGCUGGGAUGGGACCCCAGAACCACCUGCCAGCCCUGAUCCCAAAAGGAAAUCACUGAACACCCCCAUGUGGAGCAGCUCCCUGUGAGGAACUGCCCACCAGCAGAAUUUGGAUUUUGUUUCACCAAACUUUGUGCUGCUCCCUCUCCCUGUGGGGGAACACAAGAGCUCUGAGCACUGCCUGCCUGGGGUGGAACGCCACGGUGUUCCUGCUUUUUCUUCAUUAAUUGCUUGAAAAUGGGAGGUUUCUCUCUUCUGCUUUUUCCAAUUUUCAUGACAUUUUGUGUGAGUAUGGGAAGGCUUUGCCAAGGGUUUGCCCAGCCUGCAGGGCCCCACAGCUCCUCCCACGUGUGCAGGCUGAGCACAGCUGGGGCCAGGGUGUUUACAGCAAAUUCCUGCUCCAGCUCCUUCAGUCCAUGGGUUUUGGUGAAGAAUUCCAGAUUCAGUCCAUGGGUUUUGGUGAAGAAUUCCAGCUUCAGUCCAUGGGUUUUGGUGAAGAAUUCCAGCAUUUCCUUUGCUCUGAAGACCCAGUAAAAAGGACUGUAACCCAAAACCCACACACGUGGGAGGACAAAACCUCCAGGGUCCCCACAGAUUGUAAAUAUCAAAGUUUACUUUGUGGAGCCUCUUGUUUAAGGAUUCUUCCUCAGUUCCAGUGAGAGCCCAGGGAGUCCUGCCUGGCACAGGGGCCAUGGAGAGCACGUGGUCCCAGCAGCUCUCACAGGGCCCCUGGAAGGGGAGGGGGGGAAUGUGCAACUCUGAACUUGAAUUUAAAUCUGAAUUUUAGGCAGUAUUGCAACUUUGCUGCAGUUUGUUUCCACUGAUGCAUUUAUUGGUUCUAUGAACCAGGAGCAGAAUUAAACUCAUUAACCUCCUUCCA